AUGGAAUUUUCAAAGUACAACGCUUUGGGAAACAAUUUCAUAUUUAUGGACAACAGAGACAGGCGGAUAGACGUCUCUCAAGAAAUUUUUGUCGUCAGAUUGUGCGAGCUUAGAACUGGGAUUGGUGCGGACGGGUUGGUCGAGAUCCGUUCUUGUGAGAAUGCCCAGCACCGUUACUGUGUUUUUGAGCUUGUGUACCACUGUAGCGAUGGACGGGUAGGUGGGUUAUGCGGGAACGGUGGGCGUUGUGCUGUGAAGUUUGCAAUUCAGCUUGGCCUGGCUUCGGCAGACGAGGAUGUUACGUUCUGUGCAUACGACGGAGAACACGUUGGCCGUGUGGACAGUCAGUCUGGCCUGGUGCGUCUUAAGAUGAAAGACAUAGACAGGGGGAUUGAUAGAGUGGUAAACAAUAAUUAUCAGAUUUUUACCGGCACCUUAACCUUCGUUGCAUACUUUGACGACCUAGAAAGCGUUGACGUUCAGCAGGAUGGCGAUGAACUUCGGAAAAUAUAUGACACUGGACACAAAGAGGGAUUUUUCAAAGCUUACGUCCAAACCUUCCCAGAAAAAACGAGUGAGAUUUCCAUGCGAAGUUACGAGUGCGGCGUCAACGGCGAGACGCUGGCGUGUGGAACUGGCGCCACUGGCGCUGCGCUUGUUACGAUCAAGACGCCGGCCAGUUCAGCCGAAAAAAAGCCCCACAAACUGAAGUACACAAACUUACAGGAGCUGUCGGCAAAUGUCCGCGAGCUUGACUUAAGUCUAUCAAACACACGUCCUGGCUGUUCGACAGCCUCGCGAGAGCGCUUGCGUCAAGCCCUGACCAAGCCUGAGAGCUCUAAUGUCCUGUCACGACAGAGAGCUUCCCCCACGGUGUCGGUAACCUACACCGAACACUUUGAAGCCUCAUAA